CAUUGGAGAAAUAAAAACGAGAUAUUUUCGAAUUGUACGAAAAUGCUCAAAAUUCUGAUAUUCACAAUAUUGACUGCCACCCUGGGGCGUGGUUUCAUCUUUAACGACCCUUGUCCUGCCCCACCCCCUUGCCGUUGCUAUGGCACCGUGGUGAACUGUGUAUACAAGCAUCUGACAACCGUACCCCUGUUCAACUUCACAGCGCUAAAUCACCGGGAGCUGACAUUAGAUCUCCGGACGAAUAAAUUCACGAGCGUUCCUGCGCAUGCGCUUGGAAAUAUCAAUGAAACCAACAUAGAUCGAAUCACAAUAUUUCUACAAGAGAACCGCAUUGCUUCAAUCAACGAUGACGCCUUUGAUGGAUUUGGUAACAGUUCUGUAGAAAUCAAUCUGUCAAAUAAUAAUUUGACCUCGUUACCAAGAGCUUUGAUGAAAAUAGCAAACCUGGAUAGUCUUUGGCUGCUUGACAACCACGUGGCUUACCUGAGUGACGGAAUAAUGACCCACAUCGGCCGGACGUUAAAGACGUUUCACAUUGAUAUGAGCGCUCUGGCGAUAUGGCCGCGGGCCAUGAACCAUCUCACAGAAGUGACUGAACUUCAUCUCACUAACAUCCCCUUCCGAACGCUUCCUGAUACUGCCUUCGGCGGGAUGCUCAAAAUUGAGCGUUUUGAAAUCGAGAAGUCCAAGCUGAACGGAAUACCCGCUGCAAUUUGCCAGCUGCGUAGUCUAAUUCACCUUGAGUUUCAGUUUAACACUCACAUUCCGAAUACCGCAACUCAUCUAAUGUCGACGUGCGCCGUACCUUUGAGUAACGUAGGGUAUGUUAGUCUGAAUUAUAACAAUCUGUUCUUCUUUCCUUCAAAUGUGUUUAAAGUGUUCCCUAACACGACGACAUUAGGCCUGAGUAAUAAUUUCAUUUCGGAGAUUCCUGCUGAUGCCGUGCCUACCGGAGCCCCUCUGUAUUAUUUCUACAUCGGACACAAUCAGUUCACACGAUUGCCGUCCGUUAUAUCAAAAAUGCCGGAACUUUUAACGCUUAUAGCCAGUGGCAAUAAAAUGACAUCUAUAGAUGGGACCACCUUAUCAAAUCUAAAAAAGCUACGUCAGGUGACAUUAAACGACAUUCCGUUGGCGUAUAUUGAUCCACACGCGUUCAGCACUAGUUACACGCUGCGAGACCUCCACUUAGAACGUACUAAUCUGACGUCAGUCCCCGCGGCCAUCAUGCACACUGCCGACCGGUUUUCCGCGAGUCUUGUCGGAUCUCCGGUCGUUUGCACGUGCAGUAACCUAGCGUUCAUCCGUGCAUGGCCAGCGUCCAGUUUCCAGUCACACGAGAAAAGAAUCAGGGGAGAUUGUGUUAACAUCAACUCUAGUAUACAGGACUUCAUUAUCAAUAUGGAAGUUUCAUGUCCAUAGACGUGCUCAUUCCUUGCUGUUUUAAUGAAUCAAAAUUUUAAU